UGUUUAUUCAAAAAAGUGUAAAUGUAUACUCAUUUAGUUUGAAACAUGAGUGCACUUUAUAUGUGCAUUACUAAUGACCUCAAUUUGCAAAUGUAUAACAUGUUGUUGUGUUAAGUGGGCUCAGUUUUGUCGAUGCGUAUUUCACUAUUAUUUUUUCAACUUGUUCGGAUUUGCUUUCUUCAGUUGCUGCUGUUAUCUGCUCGGGAUGGCUGCCAUGCUUCUCAUCCUCUACUUGUAUUACUCCACCGUUUAUCCCGGAGCUUCACUACCAGACACUUUACCUGUGUACGAUUAUGGACAAGAUUAUUCAAUGUAUAAACGGGAAGCUGAAUAUCCGACGGAAGGAUACUAUGGCAACGUUGAGGGUGAAGAAUACUACGGUGACGCUAAACUACUUGACAAUUAUGAAAUUGCAAGAAACAAAAGAGAAAACAAGACAACACCACUUCCACUGACGUCUACCUCUACUACUGACUCUAAAACUGUCAACACAACAAUAUUAAACAACUCUACUAAAACUACACCGAACGUAACCGACCAAUCAAAUAAAGAGAACACUACUCAAAAAGUCGCAGUAGAUCAAGAACCAAAAGAGGAAGAGCUGGACUUCAAACUGUCCAACAGCUUUGUAGACUAUAUACAAGCGGAAGCGGAACGAAACAACAUGAAAGCCUCUCUAGGUCUGUGUAGAAGAGUGCAGAACAUCUCUACUCCACAGUUAAACCUCACUUUGUUCCCUGUGGAGCAAGCCCAGGAGAUCAUUUCUUGCAUCAACGACAUUCUGAAGAAACAAACCAAAAAACAUCUCUGCAUCGAGUUGAAUCCUGAGAUGACUGCGUUCUUGGAGUGGCUCAUUCUGACUGGGGAGUCUAAAGAGAGGAGAAAACAGAUAAAGAUCAAGUCUUACCACGAUGACUUCCUGUUUCCGUCUACUUGUGGGAGUAUGCAGUACUUGGAGGUGCUUUCUCGUCCACCCAUGGCUCCUCCUGAUCACGUUUCUCCUGGUCCUGGAGGUCCUCCACCUGCUGCAUAUAGUGUAGCAGGUGGAGGAAAACCACCAACUGAGGAAAUUCUUACUACUUGUGGCCCAGUACUGGCGUCUGGAAAAUCUGACGCUAAAACUAAGAAAACUGACAAAAACUAAGAUCUUGGCUGUUAACUAUUUAAUUGUUUCUAGCUGCAGGAGUAUAUUGAUCGGUUAUGUGGAGUUGUAGGUAAAACUAAAACCUUCUAUAUUUAAAAAUUGUUUCGUAAUGGUAGAUUACCCGUGUAUACAAAUUGCAGAGUACAUAAUAGAAGGCAACAAAAUGUCAUAUAUACGAUGUUCAUUAUCCAUUGAGAAAACAGUGAGACCUAUUUGAAAAUAGAUUACCCGUGUAUACAAAUUGCAGAGUACAUAUUAGAAGGCAACAAAAUUGUCAUGUAUCCGAUGUCCAUUAUCCAUUGAGAAAACAGUGACCUAUUUAAAAAUACUGAAUAAGUUCGAGAAAUGUGCAGUUACAAUUAACAGUUACCAUUAAAAAUUAUUUGU